AUGGCUCUUACAUAUGGACAUACAUUCUCUCAUAUACUCAUCUUUGUAUCACUCUCAAUAUUCCUAGUGAUCCCUUCCUCUUGUCUUAAUCCUAGGAAGUUUCUUAAUGUCACUUCAUACUCCCAAUCUGAUUCAGCUGAUCAAUCAUCUUCAUAUGCCACUUUUUAUGGACCUCCCGAUGGUGAUGGAAGUGAAGGUGGUGCUUGUGGAUAUGGAAACGCUGUUGGGCAACCUCCGUUCAAUUCGAUGAUAUCGGCCGGAGGCCCUGCCAUUUUCAAGGGAGGCAAGGGUUGUGGUGCUUGUUAUCAGGUGAGAUGUGUAGGAAAUCAAGCAUGCUCAGGCAAUCCUGUUACAAUAGUUAUCACUGACGAGUGCCCUGGUUGUAAUUACAAUUUUGAUAUGAGUGGCAGAGCUUUUGGUUCCAUGGCAAUUUCAGGGCGUGGUGACCAGCUACGCAACGCCGGGAAAGUUCAGGUUCAGUAUAGAAGAGUUGCAUGCAACUACCCUGGUGUGUCAAUAGCUUUUCGUGUGGACCUUGGAACAAAUCCAUAUUAUUUUGCUACCUUAAUUGAAUAUGAGGAUGGGGAUGGUGAUCUCAAAACAGUUGAAAUCAAAGAAGCAAACUCAGCAACUUGGGAAAGCAUGCAAGAAUCAGUUGGUGCUGUUUGGAAAUUAAAUAAAGGAGCACCAAUGAUAGCACCAUUUUCUAUUAGGUUAACAACAAUUGAGUCUGGCAAAGUAUUUGUUGCCAAUAAUGUGAUCCCUGUAGGUUAUAAGCCUGGACAAACUUAUAGAGCAGUUGGUAAUUUUAAUUAA